GUUGGGGAUGGUACAGCGGCAAGCGUGAACUCAACAUCGAGUAUAGCUGUGUACAGGACAUUUGGAUUGUAAGAGUAACACCAAUCCCAGGUGGUGAAUCCACCCACUUGUGAAGAUGGAUUUUCAGCACAGAGCCGGUGGAAAGACCGGCAGUGGUGGGGUGGCGUCGUCCUCUGAAAGUAACAGAGAUCGACGAGAACGCCUACGCCAGCUCGCUUUAGAAACCAUCGACAUCAACAAAGAUCCCUACUUUAUGAAAAACCAUUUGGGUUCUUAUGAGUGCAAACUGUGUCUUACGCUUCAUAACAAUGAGGGAAGUUAUCUCGCUCACACACAAGGAAAGAAGCAUCAGACUAAUUUAGCACGGAGAGCAGCUAAAGAGGCCAAAGAGGCCCCCGCCCAGCCUGCCCCGGAGAAAGUAAAGGUAGAAGUGAGGAAAUUUGUAAAGAUCGGUCGACCAGGCUACAAAGUAACGAAACAGAGGGAUCCCGAGAUUGGGCAGCAGAGUCUGCUUUUCCAGAUCGACUACCCUGAGAUCGCUGAGGGUAUCGGACCUCGACAUCGCUUCAUGUCUGCAUAUGAGCAGCGCAUUGAGCCUCCUGACCGUCGCUGGCAGUACCUCCUCUUUGCAGCAGAACCGUACGAAACCAUCUCGUUUAAGGUACCAAGCAGAGAGAUAGACAAAUCAGAAAGUCGCUUCUGGACUCACUGGAACAGGGAAACAAAACAAUUUUUCCUUCAGUUCCACUUUAAAAUUGAGAAGGCUCUAAUCCCACCCGGCCAGGCACCUCCUGCCACCGUGAAGCGCCCUCCACCUCUGAUGACUGGCCUCGGGGGUCAACCACAUCCUGACGCAAUGCCCCCUCCUCCACCCGGAGGGAUCCCAGGCAUGCCUCCACCUCCACCCAGUGCCCAUGUUCCUGGCAUGCUUCCUAAUGCUCCUUUGCCACCCCACUUACGCCCACCGUUACCCUCUGAUGGACCAUGAGGAAUGCUUCCUCCACUAAGCAGCUGAGUGUGAAGCUUUGGAGAUUGUUUUUAUGUUGGAUGUGAGAGGUUGUUCAGCAGGUGGUCUGUGAACUUUCUAUACCAGCUUGGUUCUGUAAAUAACACGAGGUCCAUCUUUGGCAGGCUUUGGUGGUAAUUAUGGUAUUUUUAUUUGAAUUUAGAUGUGCUUAGUAUGAUCAAUCUGUCUCUAAAAAUGUUCCAAAUUUCAAGCAAAUUCAAGCAUCUGCUGCAGUGACCUUAUUAUAUCUGACCAAGAGCUUAUUUCAGUUUGUGUAAGCAAGCUUGGUGACAAAUGCGGGUCAUUAGGAAUAAUAUACAGUCUUUUAUAAGACCCCCACAGCCACCUUAACAUGAAUUUUUUUUUGUAUAAAUAAAAUCUGACAAUGUUUUCACA